GCGGUCGCUUCACACCGGCGCGAAGGUGAAGCGGGAGCUGCUCCCACAGAUUCUCCGGCUCCGUCAGCGAGAGUCGAGAAGGGCUCCCUCAGAUGUACGAGUAACACAGCCCUUGUCGGCCAGCCAGGGCUGAGGUGUCUCCCAGGUCUGCGUCCCUGUCCCCGCAUAAUCCAAAGCCUUCCCCUUCGCUUGUGUCACCCGGGGGAUGGCGACAAAUCCUCAUGGCAUCCAGCAAAACAGCUCCCUUAAACACCUGUUUAACUCCGCUUGAACCCACUAUACCUCUUUCAACCUGCCUUGGCCCUUAGCACAGUCUGUUACUUAAAGAAGAGGAAAUAACCUUAAAAUCUGCAGCUAGAAAGGGGAUUACAAACAUUCGUGAGGGGACGGAGUGCGGAGUAAAAAUGGCGUGGAAACAUACCAGAUCACUGCCGCUCUUUGCAUUGAACUCCUCCAAGCCAAAUUCCCCGGCGGUGAGGAGUUACCGGGGCGACAUCGUGUAAACUCACGGGCCCCGCGUAGCCGGAGUGCCUGCGGAGGAGCCUGCCUCGGGAACGGCUCCUGCCUGCUCCGCACACAGGGAAACAGCCGAAAAUAAAUUCACUGUGUGUGCGAUUGCUGGCCAAUUCCUCGCUGGCCAGCAGAGCGAGGCAGCUGCGAGCUGAAAAUGCUCUGUGACUUUCCUUUGGGUUGCUGUGCCUCUUUCACUUUUUGCUGCUGAAGAACCAGGUUUCUGGGCAUUAAUGCGAUUAAGAGCAGUAUGUCUGGCAACCAACAAAAUAAGGGAAGAAGCCAAAAAGGUUGUGGAAGCGUCGUUGCUUUUCAGAAUGCAGACAAUAUAAUGGAAGAAAUGCAUCAGUCAGACAAAGCUCCAGGGAAAAACAGCCCAAUUGCACCAACAUCCAGAGCAUGGCCAGACCAACAAGUGGCAUGUUUUCCAAGUAAAAAUCAGAUAGCAUUACCCAGGAGACAUCACACUUCUUCACCUUUCUUCUCAAAGAGAGAGAAGAUGGGAUGUGGCUUUGACUUCAGUUUUCUGCUACAGACCUCAUGCCCAGAAUCUAACAUUUCAACAUCAUUUAUGGAUUUAGAUACUUUCCAGAUAAUAAAAGCACAAGUACAACAAAGGUUAAAUGUAACAAUGCUGAAAACCAGGAACAAGAUAUCUGAGUUUCAUUUGCCACCACUGACAUGUCAGCCUGUAAGAACAAUUCAUCAUGCUUCUCUAAAGGAUGAUAUUGUCAAUGAAAGCAGCAACAUCAAAAAUACUUUAAAUAUUAUGAAUGCUAUUCCUCAGCCUAUAAAACCAGUUACUAAAUUUUAUCGGUAUCAGUUAGACAACUUGUUAAACAGGCACGGUGAAAAAUCAUCAGAAAUUAUCAUGGCCACAAUUUCUGAUAAGUUCACUCCAGUGAAGGGCCUGUACUACUUCAGCAUUAAUAACUGUGAUAAGUACACCAACAACAAGAAGGAAGAAAUCCAAAGGCAUUUGGAAUGGAGGGGAGCUGAUGCAGCAGCCCACACUAAGAAGAAGAAGAAGCAGAUGAAGUUCCAGUGUUCAGUGGCUGGUGAAAACAUCGAUCUUCUGACCCAAGCCAGGUUCUGGGAUGAGAAUCAUCCCCACUUGAGUUCAAGCAAUGCUCUGGUGAACUGUGGCAUAUUUACAGUGUCCAGCAACAGCAAUGCCUCAAGAGCUGGCAAUGAGCAAAACAGAGCAGAGAGUUGCUGUAGCAUUGGUCGGGACGAAGAAAAUGCUGCAGAGGUGAUACUGGAUUCUAAAUCGCAGGAAGAGGCUGAGAGUGCCAGCUUUGUGCUUUACAAUCAGGAUUUAGAUUCUUCCUGUAGAAUUGAAGUGAGAGAGGCCUUCCGAGCCUUAGAAGAUAAUUCUGUAGUUGCAGUAAUUCCCAAAGCUGAAAUUCAAGAUCCCUCUGGACAAGUGUCAGAAAAUCAAGUCUGUCUCUCUGAAUCUGAAAUAGAAAAAGGAGCAAUGUCAGAAGCAACUUCAGAGGACCAAAGUGAGCUUGUAGCUGUUGCUCAUGUUGCACUCUCUGAACAAGGGCCAGCCAGGGAACAUUGCUCAGCCAUUGCUGAACCUGCCACAAAAAAGGGUGGUGUCUGUACUCUACCUCCUCAUGGUACGCAGAGCCUCAAUGUUCUUGCUCACAAAGAAAAUGACAAAAAUAAAAUAAAGAUGAAUAGAAAUAAAUAUUCCUCAAAAUCUAAAAUUAAUAACAAGAUAAAAGUAUCUGAAGCCUUAAUUGCUUCUGAUGAGGUUACCACAAAAUCAAAUGCCAGGAGUCAGAUUUUUCCAUCUUUGAAACUGACAAAAGUGAAAUCUGAGACUUCCAUGAAGUGUCUGAAAAAAACCACUCAAGGAGACAAAGGCCAUGUUGCCCAGAGUGCUCAGAAAAUUAAAAAACAAAGUUGCUCCUGCAGCUGCAAAAAUUCAGCUGUCUUAAAGAAACAUGAUUCUUCACUUUGUCUGCCAUGUGCACCCUCUGCUUCAGAUUUUGUGGAUCUGAAAUACACUGACAUGUUCAAAAUGAUAAACUCAGAUGACCAAGGCCCAGGUAUUUAUGAAAUGUUUGGAACUCCUGUCUAUUCCCGCAUGCGAGACCCUGAUCAAGAUGAGGGCAGGUUUUAUAAAGGUAUUUAUUCUGCUCCACCAGGGAGAUGCACCUGCAGAUCUACCUGCAGUAAAGGGGGAGAAAGCAGCAGAGUCAGAAACACCCAAAAGAAAACACAUUCCGAGCCAAAGAAGACCAAACCUGGCACUAAACAAAAGCAGAAAUGUUUAAUUGCAAAGGACAGAAGGGCUAAACUGGGUGUUGGCAGCACAGAGCAAGGCAAUGUCACAGCUUCUGACUUGGGUUCUCAAACGCACGCCUCAAGUAGCACAACAUUGUUUCACGGAGACCUGGAUCAUCAGCUCACAUUUUUAGAAGAGCUUUCACAGUCAACUAAGCAAAAUGAAAUGGUUGCAAAUUCAAACCUAUCAACUAUUAAAGAAAUUUCUUUGGAGCAGUUAGACAGGCAGGGUAAAUCCAGCCAUCAGAGAGCUGCUGCCUGCAGCCAGGAUCUCCUUCAGUUCAGUGAUGAAGACGGCAGAGAGUGUGCUGCUCCAAGUGGCAGUCUGGGAACAGCAGAGCAGAACAUCUCUGUGCCCCAGUGCAGGGGAGAUAUGGAUGGUGGCAAAGGCCUGGACAAUAAAUGUGAAUUGCCCUUUUCAGAUAAACUGGAAUGUCAGUCCCCUACAAAAAUAUUAGAUUACAGUUGGGCAAAUGAAUUGACUCAGCCUUCAGUGAUUUGGACAAAAAAUGCCAAAAGCUCCAGUUUCCAGACAAGUCAAAACACUUCCUGGUCAGAUACUGAGGAUGUGACUGAUGAAUUGCUUUGUUGUCUGGCCAAAGAAUUGCUAAUGCUUGAAGAAAAAGACACCAGCUCUUCAAGAACAAAAAGUAAGUGUUCUAAAAUACAAAACACACAGAGUGAAGAAGAAGAAAAUAUGAUGAAUGGAGAUGGAGCAAUAAUAAAUAGUGCAGAUGGAGAUGGAGCAAUAAUAAAUAGUGCUCUAGAGAAGCAUUACAGUAAAGCCUUUUUGGCUUCAAAUGAAGAAAAUGGCCUUCUAAACUUUGAUGAAUCUACUAAAUUACCAGGAAGCAGUUUAGCUACCAAAGAUCCUAUCCUGUGGACAAGAGGAGAAGUCCUUGGAAAGGGAGCCUAUGGCACGGUGUACUGCGGUCUGACAAGCCAGGGACAGUUAAUAGCUGUAAAACAGGUAGUUUUGGAUACAUCACAUCAACUCACCACAGAAAAGGAGUAUCAGAAGUUCCACGAGGAAGUUGACCUUUUGAAAACAUUGAAGCAUGUAAAUAUUGUAACUUACUUAGGAACUUGCCUGGAAGACAACAUUUUAAGCAUAUUCAUGGAGUUUGUUCCUGGCGGCUCCAUUUCCAGCCUUCUGAAUCGCUUCGGUCCAUUGCCAGAAGUUGUCCUGUGUAAAUACACCAAGCAAAUUCUACAGGGGGUUGCAUAUUUACACGACAACUGCGUGGUCCACAGGGACAUCAAAGGCAGUAACGUGAUGCUCAUGCCCACCGGGGUGAUAAAGCUGAUCGACUUUGGCUGUGCCAGGCGCCUGGCCUGGGCCAGCCUCAGCGGCACCCGCAGCGAGCUGCUCAGGUCCGUGCACGGCACUCCCUACUGGAUGGCUCCAGAGGUGAUAAACGAGUCUGGCUAUGGCAGGAAAUCCGACAUCUGGAGCGUUGGCUGCACCGUGUUCGAGAUGGCAACAGGCAAACCCCCUCUGGCCUCCAUGGACAGGGUGGCGGCCAUGUUCUACAUCGGCGCCCACAGGGGGCUGAUGCCGGCCCUGCCCGAUCGCUUCUCCGGCGCCGCCGCAGAGUUUGUGCACGCCUGCUUAACCAGAGAUCAACACGAACGGCCUUCUGCUCUGCAGUUGCUGGACCAUCCCUUUGUGAAAGGAAGACAGUGACUUUUUCAAAACUCUUGCCAAAUGAG